AUGUUCCUGCAACGCUCUGCCAUCGCUGCGGCCCGCCGCGCCGCUGCCGCUCCGGCCAUUGCCCGCGGCUUCGCCACCUCUGUUGCUCGCCGUUCCGCUGGCCCUUCCAACCCCAACCAGCAGGCUGCUGCUCUUGCUGGCACCGCCGAGAAGAAGAUUGGCCCCUACAAGACUCUGUCUGAGAUCAAGUCCGAGGACGACCUCUUCGGCCCCGGCGCCCAGCCCGGCACCGUCCCCACCGACCUCGAGCAGGCCACCGGUCUCGAGCGCCUCGAGAUCCUCGGAAAGAUGGAGGGCGUCGACGUCUUCGACAUGCGCCCCCUCGACGCCAGCCGCAAGGGAACCUUGGAGAACCCCAUCCUGGUGCGCUCCGCCGGCGAGGAGCAGCUUGCCGGCUGCACCGGUUCGCCCGCCGACUCCCACGGCGUCAUCUGGCUCGGCCUUUCCAAGGAGCGCCCUAUCGAGCGAUGCCCCGAGUGCGGCAGCGUCUACAAGAUGGACUACGUCGGUCCCGAGGACGACCACCACCACCACCACGCCCACCAGGAGAUCGCCGAGCCCAAGACCUUCGCCGAUUUCGUCAAGCCCGAGUACCGCUACCGAUAA